UAGAGCAGUUCUAAAAGUGGAUUAAAGUCAUGAACAGCACAGCAUGAACAGGCGGCUUAGACAAAGGAUUAACUCUUUUUUUCUCCUUGCAAAACUAUAGACGUCACGAGAGAAACAAAGAGGCAAUGAUUGGCAGCCCCAACCCUUCAAACCUUUAAAGUAUUGGCCGCACCGCCACCUACAUAACAAUGUAGCCCCUCAUCAAGCCGUACCCCGGACUGCCUAACUGAUAGCCUGAUUAAAACUUAGUAUCGUGUCGGAGUACCCAAGUGCGGUGCCAAGCAGAAUCUUGGCAAUAACCCUUCAUCGUUGUUAUUAAUCUACAUAUACUCCAACUUCUCAUCUUUUCAACUUUUUCUUUGAUUUUCGCUUACAUCCAAUUUCAUCCAUUUUCCGCUAUACAAGCAUCGCUGUGCCUCGAUAUUGCUUUGUCCCCCCCAAUAGUUAUCCAUUCUCAUGAAGACCUCACAUUUCUUACUGGGCCUAGCUGCCCUCACCCAAAACAUCAAUGCCGCAACAAUUCGCGAUGUUCAAGACGUCGCUUUAGAUGCGACAAUAUCGGACAUUCCGAUAGAACAGCGGGACCCGGGGACAUUUGCGCAAAGCGAAGAAUUAUGGAAGCGCAAAGGUGGCGGAGGAGGUGGCGGUAGAGGCGGUGGUGGUUCUUCAGGUUCGUCUGGCGGUCGCGGUAGUUCCGGAGGUUCUUCCAGCGGCGGUCGCGGGUCGCCGGGAUCCAAUACCGGCGGCUCGACGACGACCGGAAGCGGUGUCCGACCUAGCUAUGGAGGCGGUGGAUACUACGGCGGCGGCGCAAAGCAGCCGUACAAGGCUGGUACCGCGACUCCCUCCGGCAUCUUCCCCUUCGUCCUCGGCGGCGCCGCUCUCGGAACCCUUGGCUUCGUAGGCUUGAGCUUGGCCUCCAACGCGUAUGCGUAUCCUUACACGCAUCACUACCCCUACCACAACGCUACAACCAAUCAGAACGAGACCAAACCCGUCGUGUGCAUUUGUGAUUACUACGGCGAGUGCGGUUGCGACGACAACGGCAACCAGACGUACUUCAACUCCGUCAUCGGAGACGGCAGCUACGAAAACCUGAACAGGUCGCUAGUUACCGUGGCCGAGAACGAGACUACCCACGAGAAAACCAUCUACAUCUAUGGUACCCUGCCCAACGGCACGACCUCGUCGGGUGGCACCGAAGACCCCAACGCUGGUGCUGGCUUGCAGACGCUAGCCCGAGCUGCGGGUUGGUGGCCGGUAGUGACGACCGCGAUCGCUAUCGUGUGCCUUUCGUAAGGACGGAGGCUUGAUUUUGAUUUAUAUCCUUCAAUUUUUCUUUUGAUCCUUUUUCUGUAUAUGUGACUUCGUACAUUCUUUUCACGCAUGACCCUCACGAGGUGAAGUUGCGAUAACGCCUAGAACUCUAAUGAGGGAUAUAUACCCACGGGCGUUCCGGUUUUGUCUUGAAGGUGAGGGGGGGUUAGUUGGGGAGGCUAAGGUUUAUGCUCAUACGGUUGCUACAUGUUGUAUACCCAUAUGGAAUACCCUCACAGACCUGGGGUUAAGACGGCCGCAGAGGCCAAGUUGCGGGAGUUCUCUCCUAGAUAAAAUAACACUAUCUCAGCAAUAACGUUCUAGAUGCAUGGCCUUCUAAUUCGUGA